AUGAAUCUAGCAUUCGUCGACAAUGAUACAGAUGCUCCUGAAUAUGAUUGGCAGGAACUUGACAUAGAGCCCUUGGAAUAUCGUCCCACGGCAGUCUUUCGCCCCAAGAUUACCGUCAUUCCCCUUCCAUCAAACAUCAGCUUGGCAUGGUGCAAUGAACUGUCGGUGACAGACCUCGUUGCACAGGAGAUUACCCUGAGAGAAGGACAGGCCAAUGAUCUUUUGCACCUACUCUGGGUUCAUCUCGCAGAUAAAGCUGUUCUCUUUCGCACCACAGUCCAUCCAGCCAAAUUGCAGGCCCAGUCAACCAGGGCCUGGGCGCAAGUGCAUUCAGUAGAGCAGAUCUUGGCAGGUUGGCAGAUCGGAGCCCUGGACGACAACAAACUCUACGAUGCAUUCGAGAACUUCAACUGUAUGUGGAAGGAUCAUUUCGACCUAGGUCCUUUUGAGAUGCCGAACCGCAUCCCCCUCCUUGAGGUCAAGGAGUUGGUUGAGGAGCAUUUCGAACAGCUGCAUGUGGGUCAUCUCCUGAUCCCAGAGCUGCCCCAGAUGCCCACCAGCCAUGAUCCCUUACUGCAACAAGUCCGCUGCAUCAGGGAAAACAUGCAACAGCUGGGAGAAGGUUUGCAGAGCAUGCUGCUCACAAAGGUAGAGGAAGGAGAUCUUGCCGUGGAUGCUUUGACCCGGCUGGAAGGACUGGUGGAUGAGGUAAUGGAUAUCAUGCAAGCAUCACAUGAAUUAAUAGACACGCUCGGCAUCAAACAGGAGUAG